UUCGGGGUUUAGCUGAGUUGGCCAUAAAGAUCUUCCUUUGCUACUGUCGCAAGAGAGUGAAAGUGAAUUUUGCUGUUUGUAUCUUGGACGCUGGUUUUAUAUUAAAGUGUAUUUUAUUCAUGGAUAAAAGCUUCUGAUAGCAUGGCUGAAUAUUCAGAAGCAAAACAUGGUGGAAACAAGAGUGCCAAGAAAGAAGGAGCUUCUGGGAGCUCUUUUUUUACAUGGUUCAUGGUAAUUGCACUUCUGGGAGUAUGGACAUCAGUUGCAGUGGUUUGGUUUGAACUUGUUGAUUACGAGGAAGUACUAGGAAAACUUGGGAUCUAUGAUGCUGAUGGCGAUGGUGAUUUUGAUAUGGAAGAUGCCAAGGUUUUGCUAGGACUUAAGGAAAGAUCUGUCCCAGAACAGUCAAUGCCAAGAAGUGCUGAAGAGGUUAUCCAACCUGCAGAAAAGCCACAUGUGAAAACAGAACACGUACAUGUUAAAACAGAACCUGAAGAUGAAAUUGAGGCCUUACUACAUGAAGUUCUUGACUCACAACUUGAAAAAGGUGAACUAGAUGAAGAAAAAGGUGAAAUAGAUGAACACCAUGAAGAAACAGAUUUUCAGGAGGAGGAAGAAAAAGAAGACAAUAAUGAACUAUCUGAAGAACCCACAACAGAACAGAGUUAUGAUAAAGAAAAAGAAGACAAAAUACCUGAAAUAACAGAGAAAACAAGUUCUACCCAAGAAGAAUCUGCAAAUCACUACCAACCCAAGGAUCAAGAAGAAUAUGACACCGAUGUUUUAAACGACUAUUCUCACGUGGAAGAAGACACAAAUGAGCCAGAAAUCUCAGAAUCUGCUCCAGAAAAUACAGAACAGCCUGACCAUGUGGAAGAAGAAGAGUUAGAGACAGAAGAGUUCACUGAGCAUACUAAAACAAUUGACCAUCCAGAACAAAUACAUGAACGUGAUGCAGAUGUUUCAGAUUCUGCUACUGAACCUAUUCAGUCAGUACACAAGGAUGAACAUACAGAAGAUCAUGUGGCUGCUCAACAACAUGAUACAGAAGUUCCUGUUCACACAGAAGAUUAUACAGAGGAUGAUAUAAUUGAUACUUAACGCUUCAAAAAGACUCCCUACAUCAGGAGGACCAGCCUAAACCAUAUUCUACACAGUGGCAGCAGAUGUUUGUUAAAUAUUUUCUAUGACAUAAUUAAUGGAGCUCAGAAAAUUAGUGGUGGGUGGUAGACACUAAAAAGUGUUUCACAAAUUACUUUAUGAGACUAUUCCAUUUAGAAAUUCCAUUUUCAAUUCAUUUCCCAUAACUACUAAUAUAACAUAAAAAUGUAAAACCUUUUAAAAAGUACUUCAUAUGCAUGGCAAAUUCCUUUCUUAAAAUUAUCCAAUAAAUGCAAAAGAUACUUCUGAAAAUUCCUAAACAGUGAAGGAUUACAUAGCACCAUAGCACAUAGCUCACCUUUUACUAUAUCAAUUAACUUUAGCAUAUAUUUAGAAUACUAAUAUUCACUUUUAAUAUUUUUGUAGCAUUUAGUAUACAUUUUUUACUUCUCUUAUUAGUGGACAAAUUAAUUGUAUCUGAACCUUAAUAUGUGGUUUUCACAUAAUUGUAAAUGUGCUAUUUAUAAUGUAAAAGUAAAUUAUGGGUGUAACCUGAUUUUACAAAGUUUUCAAAUGUGAACAAAUUUUUUUGGUAUAUUUACAUGCCUUAUGGCAAAAAACUAGUGAAAUAGGACUGUGAAAUAAUUUUGACUUGGACUUCUACGUACUAAUUUUGUAUGCCAUUAUUUAUCUGACGUUAGCCCAGGUAAAGCAAAUAAUUUAACCAUAGUCCAGGAGGAUCACUAAAUAUAUAUUUUUUACUUUUUUAUGUUUUGAUGGACUGAUUCUUCUAAUGAAACUUUAAUAUUAAAACACCUUUUUCUUUUGGAUUCAUUAUUAUCUCUGCUACAGUUUCACAUAAACUGCCAGGCAAUUAAAUAUUGAUAUUACGUAAGUGAUAUCCUUGUAACUUCUUAUAAUAAUAGAACUUCUGCAGUAAAUAAGAUUGAAAAGUAAAUGAUCUUAGGCUUACAGUUUAAUCAUUACUGCUUGUAACUGCUUUACCAAAAACUUUGUUACAUUUAUUUCUUAAUAAAUAUUUACUCUGCUUACGAAAGAUGAUUAACUGAGGCAGUGUGUAAGAAAAUUGUUCUUAGUCUGCUGCAUAAUUUAAAGAUAUUCUUUCAGAAAAAAUAAAUACUUUUCAAACUGACAUAGGAAA